GACACCCCCGACGCUGUCUCACUUGGUACCGUUACCGUCGUGUCGCGCGAAUCGUUCAAUUCCAAAGAUCGCACCCUAACGUACAAGAGAAAUUCUCUACUGGCCAGGAUCUCCUUGAUCUCUUUACAUUUUACAGUGUGAGUUCGCUUCGCUUCUCUGCAUCGCUGCUGCUCAAUUUUAGUUGCUGGUUCUUCUUUCAAACGUGAGUCCACAAGAACAGCCUAAGAUGAUGUCCUCUCAAUUAUACGCGAGAUCUCUUUUGCUGCUCGUUAUCGUGGGAUUCGUCUCUGCAACGGAAAACUACAUGGAGUACGCAGGUUUAUUAGAUGAAAUACCGGAUAAAUCACCUGCAGCAAACAUACGCGAGCUUUACAGGCUUGUAUUGCAACGCAAUGCAUUCGAGGAUGCUGGGCUCGGUGAUAUUCCUUUGGAGCAUUUGAUGAUCCGCAAGUCGCAGCGAUCGCCAUCUUUGCGGCUACGAUUUGGACGUUCGGAAAAUCGAUUGCCUAUUGGAGCACUGUCAAAGGCCAUGAACAAUAUUGUAUCGUCGAGGUUCAAUGAUUGAUGGAAAUCAGCCAGUUUUCUUUCUUUUCCAUUAUUGCUGCCACCCUUGAGCAAACUAUAGAGCUUCUAACAAUGAUUUUCGUAUGGCAUACCAUUUUUAGUGGCUUUUAUCAGUCUAUUUCUACAUUCGGUUAAGCGAUAGAGGGGAACAAAUGGAUAUAUUAAUUAAACCGAAAUCUGAUCAUCAUCUUUUAAUUGCAAAGAAUGAAGAAAAACAAGAACACUGUGAAUGUAUAAUAACGAAGAAUGGAAUAAAAAUUUUACUGACGCAACUAA